GUCCCCGUCGCGCCUCGGUUCGGUCUCCGGUGUGCGCGUGGCGACGGGUGCUCGCGGCGGAUCUGUCUUCAGCGCCGCCUUAUCCAGAGCGCAACCCCUCCCUGGGAGAAGUUGCAACGCCCCGGCCGUGACGUGGGCUGUUCCGUUGGUGUUGAAAAGCCGUUGCAGUUUCUUCAUAGUGCCAUUGAAGUGAGUCAUCUCUAGGAAGUGUGGUUGGAAGAAGAAAAAAAAAAGGAAAAGACAGGGCGAAAAAAAAGUUCGAACUGUUCCGUGAACAGCGGAGAGCUGAGAUCGUGCGCAGAGUAUCCAGACGAGGCGGCGGGAGGUAGUCAGACGAUCAUCCGGCCAGAAGCCUUGAAAGCGAACGUUAACCUGCGUGAGUCACUGUCACUACGGAGCCGCUCGCCUCCUCUAGAUCCGCCCGGGGAAGGAAGGAAGGACGGUGUGCUGCUCACUGAAGUUUGCGCACCUGAGAGAAUAGUGUCCACCUGCGGCUCAGGAAGAAUUAAAAGCACAAUCCGAAAUAGCGCGCACGAGCACGGAGAAAGCACUAAUUCUAUUCGCUAACUAGCAAUAUCCGUCAGAUGCUUUAGUUUAGUUUUCAGCAGCGUGAUCGCACUUUGUCUUUGCCAACUCUUCUCUGGAUAUCCUAAAUCAACAGCUUCUCGGGUCAGAGGAUUUUUUUUCUUCUCUCUCUUGGUGCCUUUUUUAAACUGCGAGGAUUUUAACGAGAACAAGAGGGGGCGCAGGGUUCAGAUCUCAAGCGGGCCCCUCUUUCCUGGACCAUGUACCAGGACUACUCCGGGAACUACGACACCUCGUCCCGCGGAAGCAGCACGUCUCCGCCACAGCCAGAGUCCUUCACCAGCGGCAGCAGCACGAUCGGAAGUCCAAUCUCUACCUCGAGCUACCAGAAGUACAGGGUCGACAUGCCCGGCUCCAACAGUGCCUUCAUCCCCACCAUCAAUGCAAUCACAACCAGUCAAGACCUGCAGUGGAUGGUGCAGCCCACAGUCAUCACCUCCAUGUCCAACCCUUACUCCCGCUCCCACCCGUACGGCCACCACCUGCCCAGCGGGCCGGGGCUGAUGGGGCACAACACGUUGGCUCGGCCCGGGGUCAUCCGCUCCAUCGGGGACGCCAGGGGCCGACGCAAGAGGGACGAACAGCUCACCCCGGAGGAAGAGGAGAAACGAAGGGUGAGGCGAGAGAGGAAUAAGUUGGCGGCCGCCAAAUGCCGCAACCGCAGGCGAGAGCUCACAGAGAUGCUCCAAGGGGAGACAGAGAAGCUGGAGGAGGAGAAAUCAGACCUGCAGAAGGAAAUCGAGAACCUGCAGAAAGAGAAAGACAAGCUGGAGUUCAUGCUGGUCGCUCACAAUCCCGUGUGCAAGCUCCCCGUCGACGAGCGCCACCAGCAGCACCAGCACCAGCUCCAUCAGCACCACCAGCACCAGCAGCAGCAGCAGCAGUGCGCCCCCCUCCCACUGACCAUGCGCCCCAACUUGGCCGGCCGGCCCCACAUGAAUCACGUUGUCGUGAAGCAAGAGCCCGAUGAGACCAAUGAGGGGGGCAAGACCCAGCGCUCCGUCAUCAAACCCAUCUGCCUUGGCGGCGGCAUGGUCGGCGGCGGGAUGUACUGCACGGACGGGGACAGUCUGAACACGCCGGUGGUGGCGGCCUCCACCCCGGCCGCCACGCCCAACGCCCCGAGCCUCAUAUUCACCUACCCGAGCCUGCUGGAGCCCGAGAGCCCCUCGCCCUCCUCCGAGUCCUGCUCCAAAGCCCACCGGCGCAGCAGCAGCAGCGGGGACCAGUCCUCGGACUCCCUCAACUCGCCCACCCUGCUGGCCCUCUGAGCGGGGGCCGCGCCCGGCACAGCUGAGAAACGAACACUGUGGCUGACCACCAGAGGCUCCCCGCGUCUCCCUUUGAAAGACCCAACGUUCAAAGGUGCAGACCAAGCUGACCCCCCCCCCCCCCCCCCUGCAGGGAGACCCACAAGGGCUACGCUGCGUGUUCCUUCUUGUUAUGCUUUUGUGUAGUUAUCCUAAAGAAAGGUGUCCUACCUACCGUCACCAUUUCAACUCCAGAGGGUCGACAUGUUUACUGGGAAGACAAUUCUGAAGAGAAACACGCUGCAAUCUGGUAAUUGUGUGUCGGCGUGACCGAAAGCAGCCAGCGCGUUAAUAUAUAUAUUUUUCUGCAAAUGUUUCAAAAGCCAUUGCGGCAGACACUUGCACUCCGCCAAGACAAAUCAAUAAAUCCCUAAACGAGGUCAGCGUUCUGCUGGGUUUUCUGAGGAGACAACGAGCAAAGACUCUUUUUCCAUUUUGAGUUCCCUACUUGGACUAUGAUUCAGGAAUCGAUACGAGCAUUGUGUUCACGUUUCUGACACUAUUACCAUCUCUUUAAUCCUAUCUACGGCCUGUGCUGAUUCCCUUUUUCCCCGUGUUCUGCUAAGACAUCGUCCUUAAUCCGCCUGUAGAAAAGCAAAAUGGUCGCCUGCGCAGCGCCCGAGGCGCUCCUCGGUGUUGCAAAGGAUUACCAGCCAAUCAAUGGCUAGUUCCUCAAUACUCUAUACCUUCUAUUUUUGCCAUAGCGGCUCAACUUUACAGUGGUAUUGGUGUGCUUUUCCUCAGUGAUUCUGUACCUGAACUUUUACAACCUGUUUAUGACAAAGUGUAUGUGAUUUACAUUGAUGUCAGGGAUAUCUCUCAUGUGUAGUAGAACCCAACGUGAAGAGCUUUGCGCGACUGCGGGGCGGCUGUGUGGUCUAGUGUUACAGAGGUGGUGAUACACUGUACGCCGAGGGAUGAAUAACUUAAUUUCCUCGCUGUGUCACGUCUGGGGGGGAAAAGGUUUGACUUUUUCCGCUCGGAUAAUACAAAAGUUUGAACAAAGCCCUCCUCCUGGAUACUGACCUUCUGUUCUGUGUCUUACACAUUCUGGAGAUAAAGGUCUUACAGCCUCUCGGGCAGGUCGGAUUUCAAAACGCCCCCAAAAAAAGGUUGUUUGACACGCGUAAUCCUGUAAUUUGUCCGUCUUUGUCUAAAAAAAAGAGGGAAUUUUGCUCAAAUUUGGAGAAGAAAAACAAAAAAGCCACUGUGGUCUAGACCGUCUCCAGCUGCCAAUGAUGUCAACCGUGUUUAUACUGUGUUUGUACAUCUGUCACUUUUAGUAAAGACAGUCAAUGAUGUUUAAAUCCAAGUCAGACGUGCUGAUUUUUUGCGGGUGUGUGAACUUAUGCCAACAAGGAGGUACCGUGCCGGCUUUCAACAAGGGGCCAGACAAUGUCCACUUUCUUACCAGAAAGGGACCAUUUCUUUUCUUACAGCUGGCCUGAGAUGAAAGAGAGCACCCCGCGUGAAAGAUUUAAUAUCUCUGAAAUUCUAAGAAGCACUUCUUUUUUUGUUGUUUUUACAUGUGUGUAUCUUUAAAGGAAUGAGGAUUUUCAAUACUGUGCACUGAGAGGGACACAACAGCGAUGUUCGGGGGGGUUUGGGAGGGGGGGGGGGGGGUUGCUUAACUUCAAACAUUCCUAACGUCAGUGGUUUAGAAGGGGGAUGUUGUCUUUACUCUGAAAUGUUAUUAGAGGAGAAAAAGUUGUGCUUACAAAGAAGUUUGGUUGUGCCGGAUGCAGAAAAACAGACUUCGCAAUUCAAUACAAGCUGCUGCUACUUUUGAAAGAACACAUCAGCUGUUUGUCUUCUGAUGAUGAUGGGUUUAACAUCAAAGGACGGAGGGGGGGAGUGUCUACGAUCCUGUAUGAGAACAUAAAGAGUAACCAAAAACAUUACUGUGGGCGAGUCUGAUAUGUCUGUAUGUUGAUUCUGCAGCCCCUCGACACACAUAGGAAAGCCAUUGACUGUAGAUCUUCUGCUGUACAUGUCAUCGACUGUCCGUCGCUUGUUUUCAACUACUAUUACUUCUUUUCCAAAUGCUUUAACUGUUCAAAAUGAUCCAAAAUGAAAAAAAACAGCAAUAUGUAUAGCAGUGUUUGUUAAUUUAAAUGAAUGAUAAUUAAAAACAGAUGAUUUUCGACCUGA